AACCAAAUUUUGACGUAAAUCUAACCUAAAAUGUCAAGAUAAGAAAGAACGAUGAUUCAGAGUAAAUUAAUGUUUUUCUUGGUGUUUUUAACACUUUUAUUACAAAACGUCACCGCUGAUAGAACCAAAGAUCGAAUUUACGAUGACAUAAAAGGAGCUGCGGCUUGUUUCCGCCGAAUGAACGCAACUCAUCAAACGGGAUGUUCAUCCGAUCGGGAAGGUUCAACGGGAAUUGUUUACUUAAUCGAAGAAUUAACCGAUUUAAAAACGUUGUUGAACCACGGAUCGGGACAAUCUUAUAUUCCCUUAAUGCCGAUUGAUGUGUUAAAUGAAGAAGGAGGUGCUUUAUUAAAAAAUUCGCCUAAAAUUUCGGGGUUGUUGUUGUUUAAAGAUAAUCAAACGAUUAUACAACACUAUUCUCACGAAGAUAAAUGCCCUAAUCGAAAUUUUAAUCAAGAAAAAACUUGCGAAGUUAAUUGGAAUCGUUAUGGGACUAAUAUUUUAAACGAAAACUUUAAUUUUCCCAUUUUUUUAGUUACAAAUAACACCGAAUUAGGGAAUUUAAAAAAAUGCUUUUUUAAAUUUAAUAAUGUUUCGAUUGAGACGCAUCAUGCGCGUGCGUUAUGUUCCGUUGAGUUAUCAUCGUUUAUGUUUGCUGCAAUUAACACUCCAACGUGUUUAAGAAGAUCUUCACCAUUUUUUAAUUUAAAUACGGUGAAAUUGUGUGAUCCUUUGGGUUCGAGUAAUGUUUGGGCUUCUUUAUACCCAUUGGGAAAUACAUCAGAUAUAAAAUACCCCGAUGGGGUUAAAAAUAUCAUCGUUACAGCUAGAUUAGAUACAACAUCGUUAUUCGCCGACCAAGAAAAAGGGGCGAUUAACCCGAUAUCUUCAUUCGUAACUUUAAUGUACAUCGGGGGGGAAUUAAAAAAAAUGUUAGCCGAUUUUAAAGAUUACAAAAAAAACGUGAUUUUCUUAUUAUUAAGUGGUGAAAGUUACGAUUACAUCGGAUCGCAACGAUUUGUGUACGAUUUAAACGCGGGGUUAUUUCCCAGUGGUGAUUUUUCCAACGAAAAUGAAACGAUUAAAAAUUUAACCCCCGAUGAUAUCGAUUUUGUAUUGGAAUUGAACCAAUUGGGGAAUAUCAAGAAUGAAUUUUACGUCCAUUUGAAUCAAAAAAUCGAUUUUUUAAAAAAAUUACAAAAAUAUAAAGCUAACCUCAACGUUAAAGAAUCAUUUGGGAAUUUACCCCCGUCGAGUUUGCAAAGUUUUUUGAAAUCGAAUAUUACAGGGAUUGUAAUUUCCGAUCAUAACGAAUCAUAUUCGAAUCAUUUCUACAAUUCGAUAUUGGAUGACUCAAAUAAUUUAAAAUACGAGUAUUACGAGAAUUUUGAGGAGAUUCCGAAAGAAUCGAUUCAAUAUUAUACAGCGAGGUUAGGAAGGGUGGUCGUGAAUAGUUUGUACGAAGAAAUUACCGGAAAUCCAGCUUCUGAGUCAUCUCUCAAUGUUGAAUUAACCAACGAAUUAUUUAAUUGUUACCUAAAAAAUGCAACCUGCAAAAUACACAAUGCCGUGGCGAAGAAACGAUUAAGAGAUACCCAAUUGAAUUUGUACGUGGGGGUUACAGUUUCGAGAUCGAUUUUGGUGGCUUACGCUGGGUUGACUUUGUCGUGGUUAACCGGGGAUAUUUAUGAUGAUUCGGGGCCUUGCCCGGGGAAAAUGAAUUCGUAUUUGUUUAAAUAUUAUAAUAUGUCGAAGAGUUGGGAUGAAUUGAAUACUACGAUUUGUUAUAGGAGUUGUAUGAAUUUAACGGAAGCUGUUAGUCCGGCUUUUAUUAUUAAAGAUUACGAUUGGUCAUCAAACGAAUAUAGUUCUUGGACGGAAUCUGUGUGGCGAGAAUUAAGCGUACGGAUGUUUUUGAGACCAUCUCCAUCCCAUGAAAAGAUGACCUUUGCGAUUGGGGCUAUGGUUAUGGCUUUGUCAUUCAUUUUUGUGUAUUUCGUUAGCUCAAGAUCGCAUGUUUUGUUUUCUGGUGUUGAAACAAGUACUCCAACGAGGUGUUAAAUUAUUAAUAAUAAAUAAAAUUUGGAUUGGAAGAAC